AUGAAUUCAGAAUACGAGAUUUUAUCAAUACCGAUAAAUAAUAAUAAUAAUUUAAACAGUUUAAAUAGUUUAACAAAUAUAUUUUCAGACAAUGAUGGUUAUUAUGAUAUGGACGAGAUUAAAAAUAAAAGGUUUGAAACAAUUAACAUAGGGGUAUAUGGUGAUGCAGGUGUUGGUAAAACAUCUUUAAUAAAUGCAGUCUUAGGUACUUCUUUCGAGGAAAAUCAGGUUCAAAAUAUAGAAAAUAGUGGAUAUAGAGUAUUGUUUAAAAUGGGGGAUAUUAAAAAAUACGAAUUAAUACUUCACGAUAUUUCAAUAGACCACAACUAUUUGGUACCAGAAAAUGUAAUGGAAAUGGACGCCUUUAUAAUAAUGUUUUCAAUGGACAGUAGAAUUAGUUUAGAUAAUUGCGAAAAAUAUUUAGAUUAUAUUAAAAUGUAUAAAGUUCAAAUUGACCCUCCAAUAAUAAUGGUGGGUGGAAAAACAGAUAUAUUAUACGAAACAACCCACGAAAAUAACAAUAUUAAUAAUAAUAGUUAUAAUAAAGCAAUUCAAUUAAAUCAAGCAAUACAAACAUCUCAAUUUUUAAAUUUAAAAUUUCAAGAUUGUAGCAUAAAAAAUAAUGUAUAUUCAAUAGUUUCGGUAUUCAAUGUUUUAUUACUAGAAUAUGAAAGAAAAAAAAAUGAUAAUCAUAAUAAUAAUAACCAUAUCCAUAACAAUUUUAAUAAUUUUAAUUUUAAUAAUUUUAAUAAUAAUAAUAAUAAUAAUAAUACAAACUAUAAUUUUAUAAAAUCAAAAUAUAAAAAAUUAAAAAAACUUUUUUUUAAUAAACUGAAUAAUAGUUAA